CAUGCAUUCAGCACAUAAGCACGCGCACUCGCCUGCGCCGCGCGCGCGCACGCACAUUGUACCACAAGCUCGAGCUCUCAGUCUCAGUCAGAAACCUGGUCUAUGCACAUAACUUCUCAGGAAGUGUUGCUGAGGGACAUCAGGGACAUGGAUGAAGAGUUCACUCCGUUAGACUGCCUUCUGUCCACCGGAACCCAAAAGAUCGGCCUGGUUAUCCUGAAUCAGCCGCUGGAACCUCACUUCCUCCAUGCUCUCUGGAAUAAAGCUGUGAUCCGAGCAUGCGCAGACGGCGGCGCCAACCAUCUAUACCAAGUGACAGAGGGCCGAAGGGAAAGUUUUAUACCAGAUUAUAUAAGCGGAGACUUUGAUUCAAUUUCACCUGCGGUCAAGAAUUUCUACUCAGAAAAGAAGUGCAGGCUGAUUUUAACCACUGAUCAGGAUCUAACAGACUUCACUAAGUGCUUGGCCCUCAUGCUGGAGGAGAUCAAGGAGCGACAAGUGCAGGUGGACACCAUCGUCACGCUGGGAGGCUUAGGUGGCCGAUUCGAUCAGAUCAUGGCUACAGUGGAGACGCUUUUUCACAUGCAGAAGAUGUCAGAGAUCCCCGUGGUGGUCAUCCAGGGUUCCUCUCUGGCCUGUCUUCUACGAGAGGGCAAGAAGCACUGCCUGUAUGUGAACACAGGUUUGGAGGCUGAGUGGUGCGGUUUGAUUCCAGUGGGUGGCUCCUGCGUCACUAGCACCUCAGGGCUCAAAUGGAACCUGGAUAACCAGGUGCUGGAGUUCGGGAAGCUCGUCAGCACAUCGAAUACAUAUGAAGAGCUGGACGCCAAAGAUGAGAGAAAACCUGUGACCAUCAGCACAGACAGACCUCUUCUGUGGACUAUGGGUAUUAAAACAGAGUAAACAAACAAAUAGGAAAAGGACAUACGCAUGCCGCACGAUAUCGAUGCAGCUUUUUAAUAAAAAAAACAAAAAAAGACAGCUGACACUUUUUCCCCCUUUGAUUUAUUAAAACCGAAAAAUAACAAAACAGAACGGAAAAAAAAUAUCGACAAAUUCAGAACCAGUCCAUCAUCCAGCGUUGUUCCAUGCUUCCAAUGUCUAAAGAAGGUUCAGGAUGACGUUGAUUCAACCACCGCUGAAAAAAAAAAGGAAAAAAAAAAAGAGAGAGAAAGCAAAAUCAGGUUCACUGAUCAGAGUCACAUGGUCAGAUUUCACCAAUAUGCUGCCAUGGUAACACCUUUGCCUUGCUUUGCCUCAGUCAGUUGCAGCUGUGCCACAUCUGGUGCUACACACACUAGGGCUGGGAAUCUAAUAA